GGUGAGAGGGUUGAACAUUUCCCCUUGAGAUGACGUCCCCUUGCGCCCCACGUGGCAAGAGGCGCUAGCCCGCUCUGGCGCCAUGGCACGGGGGUCACUGCUGGCCUUGCUGUGUGUGGGCGGCUGUGCCUUCCUGGUGGGGCGGCCUAUCCGUGCAGCCCCUCCAAAACGCACGCGAACUCGCGUGGCUUCUGCCGGCGCGGCGAAGGAAACGCAGCUGGACCUGUCGGUCCUCAUUGCAGGGGCUGGGCCUUCAGGUCUGCUGCUGGCCCACCUGCUGCUGGCGGCGGGUGCGCGGGUGCGCCUGCUAGAGGCCCGCCAGGACCCGCGGGAGCCGGGGAGCUUGGAAGGCCGUGCCUACGCCCUUGGCCUUGGCAUCCGCGGGCGCACCGCCAUCCGGGCAGCGGGGGAAAAGCUGUGGGACGCCAUCAAGCCGAGCGGCUUCGCGAGCGAGCGGUUCAAGCUCCACAUCGCUCCAGAGCUUGCCAUUGACCUGCGGAGCCCAGAGGACAACAAGGGCCUGGAGCCCAGCUUGCUGAUCUACCAGUCGGACCUGUGCUCGGCCAUGCUGGAUGAGCUGGAGGCGAACCAGGGCUCUGGGCGCCUGGAGGUCUCCUUCCAAAGCAGCCUGGAGUCAGUGGACCCCACGGCAGGCACUGCAAAGAUCAAGGCUGGCGAUCAGCUACAGGAGGUGUCGGUGGAUCUCAUUGCAGGCUGCGAUGGGGUCAACUCCGUGGUUCGGUCCAGCAUAGCGGCCGCCUGCCCAGCAUUCGAGGUGGAGGAGGCCAAGCUGCCCGGGCGGUUCAAGGUGCUGCGCUUCCCGAGGAUGCCGAAGUCGCUGGACGCCGCCGCGGUGCACGCCAUCGGCGGCCCGGGCGGCAGCUCCGCCUUCGUGGAGCCCACGGCAGGCGGGGCCUGCGCCCUGAUCAACUUCAAGGAGGGCGGCAAGCCGGAGGGGCUGCCGGGCCUAUGGGAGCUAAAGGAUGCCCCGCAGGCGCGUGAGACGCUGGCGGCAUACUUCCCCUUGAUCGAGGACGCGCUUGACGAGGAGGCAGCGCAGCAAUUCGUCUCGCAGAAGGCCUCCCAAGCCUCCACCGUGCGAUGCAACAGCUACCACUUCGGCCGCGCCGUGCUCUUAGGGGACGCGGCACACUCCACGGGGGGCGCCAGCGGCCAGGGCUGCAACUCCGCGUUGCAGGACUCAGUGGCAUUGGCUGAGAUUUUGCAAGCGCAAGGUGCUGACUGCGUGCCAGAGGCCCUGGAGAGAUACUCUCAGCGCCAGGUGCCGGAGGGUCAUGCGCUGCUGGACCUGUCGCUGGGCCCUGGAGACUCGGCCGGGCCGAUUCGCAAGGCGCUCUACGGGUUGGCCUCCUUGGCAGGGACGCUGCUCAGCAAGCUCGGCGUCGCCGAGCCCCCGCUGCAAACUUUGCUCACCACCAACCUCAUGCCCUUCUCGGAGAUCCGGCGGAACCAGAACUUCUACUUCGGGGACUUCCCGACCGAGGAGGAGUUCAAUGCAGUCAUCCAGAAGACCUCGCACUGAGAUGGUAGCCCCUUUUCGGAAAGCCGCAGGCGAUGCAGAAAAGCAUCACGCAGGCCGUGGUACAUGGGUUUCCCAUGCUUUGGAGAAAUGUUCGUGAGCUCGAAGCGAAUUCAUCGGAAGUGAGCCUUCCGGCGUAGAGAUCUUGUCAUCUCGCCGCAGUUUUCGCAUUUCGGCUGUGCCCUCAUGUACAGCCCUUGAGGCCACCCUUGAAGCCCCUGGGAACAUCAGCUCCGAGCCACCCGCUCAC